UUCAGAGCGCCAACAGGGCGGGGCUAACGGUUUCUGGUAGCGGUGUCUGGGAGGGGCCGGGAAGAGGAGGUGUUAAGCCCGUAGCCCGUGCCCCUUGAUUUUUAGCGACCCCGCACCUCUGCAGCUACGCCAAAAUGAUGGGCUGUGGGCAGUCAGAGCUGAUGUCAGUGGAAGGGGAAGAGGCCGUGGCGGCACCAGCGUCGCCCCCAGAACCUCGUGCCCCAGAGCCCGCAGUCCCGGUGCCUGAGCCCGGCCUGGACCUGAGCCUGAGCCCACUGUCCGAAAGCCCUGAGCAGCCGAACUGCAGCCCAGGGCGGCGGAAGGGGCGGGCAGACCGGCGCGGUGGGGCCCGCAAGGGGCGGCAGGUCCGCUUCCGCCUGGCGCCGCCUUCCCCAGUCGGGUCGGAGAGGGUGCCGGCCGUCGCCACACAGAGCGAGAAGCCCGCGGCGCCGCAAGACCUAGUGGCUCCCGCGCAGCAGAGCAGCCUGGCCCUGAGUCUCGAGUUGCAGGCCGCGCGGGCCGUAGCCGCGGGCCAGUUCGAUGCCACAAAGGCCGUGGAGGAACAGCUGAGAAAGUCGUUCCAGACCCGCUGUGGCCUGGAGGAGAACGUGGCGGAGGGGCUGAACGUGCCGCGUUCCAAGCGGCUCUUCCGGGACCUGGUGAGUCUGCAGGUGCCGGAGGAACAGGUUCUGAACGCUGCGCUGAGGGAGAAAUUGGCGCUCCUGUCGCCGCAGGCCCGAGCCCCUCCCCCAAAGGAGCCACCUGGGCCAGGGCCAGACAUGACGUUUCUGUGUGACCCAGAAACAUUAUUUUAUGAAUCUCCACACCUGACCCUGGACGGUCUGCCCCCUCUCCGGCUUCAACUCCGACCCCGCCCUUCAGAGGAUACCUUUCUCAUGCAUCGGACACUGAGGAAAUGGGAAGCGUAGACCUGGAGACUCCCUGAAUAGCUAGUUCCUAUUUUUUACGUGGGUGUGUUAAAACUAUCAGAAUAAAGUGGUUUUGCUAACAAA